CUGAGUCAUGUGACUUCACCCAAGGACAGCCACGCUUUCAGCCACAGCGCCCGCGAGGCGGGCUGUCCAUCCCGCCAGAGCUUCGGGAAAUUUUGCGAGGUCAAGCUCCGUUCGGAAAAAAGUUACAGGGGACGACGACAACGACCACCCGACGGCGGCGACGACGACGACGACGAAGACGACGACGAUCGACGACAGCCCACCGCCGGUGCCGAAAGCGACACGGCGCCCGAAGCAAUCAUGUUCUCCGUCGCGAACUUCGGAAUCACACAGCUGUCCGUGGGAGGCGCCUCACGGACGAGCGUACGAUAUGCCUCUCGCGCGCAGCCGCGAAGGCUGGAGAAGGCCAGGUUCCCCGAAGGCCAUGGCACUCAGAUCUGGGUCUGGAGUCACAUGAUGACGAAACAAGUCGUCUAUUCGAAUACCGAGGUGUUGAACCCAAGACGCGCACUCCGCCAAAUCCCCUUCAACGGCAAGAAAUGCAAGCAGACCAAGCUGCGGAAGGACUACUGGGAGCCGCUGGCCCUGAUCGAGCUCCCCAAGCACGCGGGCGCGGCGGGCCAGUCGGUGAUGCAGAAGCUGCGCGAGUUCCGGGCGAUGCACGAGCUGUGCUGGGGCGACGAGAUCACCUUCCGGCCGCGGGCGACGGACAUGAACCCGGACGACGACAAGAAGCAGGUGCGCUCGCGCUGGGAGCGCGGCCGGGCCCUCAACGACCAGCGCGCCAACUCCAUCGCCGACAUGGCGGCCGUGCUGGCCGGUAAGGGCCGCGGCAACCGCCUGCUGGUCGCCCAGCGGGAGCUCGACGGCGUCCUGGAGGAGGGCAAGGAGCUCGUGGGGUGGAAGUGGUUUGGGCGCGACAACAUGGACCAGAAGUACCGGUUGCUGCGGAACCCGCCGCCCAAGAUACCCACGUCGCGCAAGAUCGUCAAGGUUCAGGCCGAGGACGGUACCGAUCAGUACUUCAAGAAGAGCGCGCUCAAGGCUUACGAGGAAGCGGUCGCCGAGGCCAAGGACGGGGAGGCUCCUCCCGAGCCGCCGAAGCCGAUCAAGCUGGGCCAAGACAACCGCGCGCACAAGCUCGUCGAGAUUAACCCGCCCAGGGACCAGCUCUUGCCCGUGACGGUGUACUGGGCCGUCGACAUCGACCGCAACUACGCGGAGUCGUGGUCGGACAACGUCACCCACGGACUGUUGGACAAUGCUCUCAGGCUUUCGGUGCAGUACGAGCAGGGACCUGUGGUGGAUGAAACGGCAUACAACGCGGACAACAUCAAAUACGACAUCAAGAAGCCGGAUGAGAAGGAGGCGCAGAAAUUAGAGGCCUAA